AUGUUGACACUCUUCCUCAUCCGGCACGGAGAGACCGUCGAUAACGUUGCAAGAGUAUAUGCAGGUCGCAAAGACUCCCAGUUGACCAACCAUGGGAUCGAACAGGCCAACCGCCUUGGACGCUACCUCAAUGCUGAAGGCGUAGCCCUCACCCACAUAUUCUCAUCGACCUUGCAACGAGCCUUCAAGACUGCAGAGCUCGUCCGAGCAGCGCAAGCAUGCUCCGGCCUACCUAACGCCGACCAGUCUCAGCCCGAAGUUGUCCGUCUUCCUGUACUUGUUGAGAGAGACUUCGGCUUCUACGAGGGCAGAGCUUUUCACACCCGAUCACGCGAUGCAAACAAGUCUGGAAACCAGGCGUAUCACGGUGCACACCGGGCUGAUCCGGGGGUUGAGGAUGAGGAGUCGAAGGAGUCAAUGGCCGAGCGCAUGGAUAACUUCUUAGAUGAGCAUCUGCUGCCAGUUUUCAACACGGAUAUCUCCGGCUCCGAAUCGGUUAUAGCCAUUGUAUCUCAUGGCAUCAUACUCUCCGUACUCUGGCGGCGGUUACUCUUACGGCUCCCCAGAAACAGCGCGAAGCUUGACCCUGAGCUGCUGGCAAAGCAGAGGACUGUCGCACUUGAACACCUCGGUGGGUGGUCGAAUACCGGCUAUCUCCUUGUGCAUUUUUCAAAAACGGUUGCAAGAGCUACCCCAGCAUCCGUCGAAGAGGCUGUCGAAGAGCACAUAACUAUACCAAUUCCCCUGUUGCCGACCUCUGGUGUAUCAAUAUGCAAUGCACCUUAUAAUCCUACCGCCAUAAGGAAGCCUGAUUCACAGACAAAAGACAGUCAAUCAGCCGACGGGAUGGUAUCAAAGACGCAAAUGGCAAAGCCAGUCACCCUAGCCGGAUGGUCCGCUACAAUUAAAACUGUCAACGGCAAGGAGCAUUUGAUAGGCUUCAAGCGUGCGCGCGGUGGUCUCGGGAGUGUCCAGCAUGACGAAAGCCAAACGACCAUCACAUCGUUCUUCAAGAAAAGGAAAUUUGACUCCAUCGGUGGUAAUAAAGAGUCCACACGCAUUAAGUCUCACACGCCGUUCAGGUCUGACAACGGCUGA